AUGGUAGCGGUGAGUAGUCAAUCAAAUCUCAAUAGCGUGAGUCUCAAGAUCCAAAUAAAAUGUUCGACUUUUCUUCAGAAUUUAACAAGAAUGGAAGCCACGAGUUCCUCAAACGCAUCAAAAAAUGUUUCGUCUUUUUUUUAUAAAUUGUUCCUAAUGAGAAAAUGUCAGAAUCUCGCGCAAAGUGAAAACAAGAAGAAAGAAAGUUUUACGAUCAAGGAAAAUGUAACGAGCGAACGAGCUUCCGAAAAAUCGUCGAGUGUUGGUUUUCUUCUUGGAAGCAAAAAAAAUCACGAACUUCAGACACUUUGGUUCAAAAUUCACCGUUUUCUGAGUUUUGUACUUCUUACUUCACUCUUCGUUCUUUCUACCGCUAUACUGACUAUUUUUUCGACAUUUCUACAGCACCUGUGAGUUAAAUUGACUGCAAAAUCGAGAUAUUCAGCUUGAAAUUCAGAUUUCUCAUAGGACUAACCAAUAUGAUUUGUCUUUUCGCCACGGUUUUGACGGUGCCUUGCUCCUUGGCGGUGGUGUCAACGGUACGAGAGAAAAGUGUCCGCUCCAGGUAGCCCUGAAAUUCGACAAAAAUGGUACGAUUUCUAGGAUCGACCAAAAGCUUUGGCAUUUGAAGUUUUCAUUUUUGCCGCAACUUUUAUGCGCAUCCUGUUGCAUGGGUUUGGAUAAUGAUUUCCUGCUUAUUCCAUAGUAUUUUUCAGGAAUCGGAGGAAUUUUGAUCUCCUCUCAGUUUGAAUCUUGCUUGGAAUCUUCACUACAUAAAAACUUCCUCUAUAGUAUUCAAAACCACAAAAAUCCAAGUUUCGCGAAGGUUUUUUUUUUUCCAAAGCGCGACUAUCGAUUCAAAUUAUUAGCAACUUCACUCCGUGCAAAAAUCUUUCAAAUGUUGCGGAGCAAAUACUGAAAUUUCGGCUGGAACAAACGGUGGCUGUAUUAAAAUCCAACCUCAGUUAUUCUCAGAGUUUCAGAUUCGAGCCUUCCAACGAAUCACCCAUGGAAUGCCUGGUACCAGCACCUUAUUCUGGAUGAUAAUUAUCCUGAUGAAAUAAGGUUAGUAGAUGCGCAAGACUAAAAAUCGUGACAGGCUUUUCUCAACCUUUCCUAACGUGAAAGCUAGUUGUCGCACUUGGAAUGGCUCGAAGCGUAACAUUCGCGUGUCUGAUUCCAAUUGCAAAGCGUCUCGGAGCUUCGAGUCGUUUGAAGUGUGACAUCGCUUCCUUCCAAUCUGAAAUUAAGCAAAAUUUAGAAAGUUUUUCACACUUCCCUGGUCGUGCUGCCUAGAUACCUUGAAGUGUCAACACUUGGGAAUGGAAAGGUAGUGAAACUUUAAUCAGAAAUAUUCACUUGUUUUUUAGAUUUACUAAAUCGUCGAACAGAAGUAUUUUCGAAUUCCAAAGCGACGAGAGCGAGUGGAUCAAGCUUGACAAAGUAUUGAGUAAUAUUCAAAAGAAAGAAAGCUGAAAAAAAAAAUGAAUUAGUUGCUCAAGAUCAGAGAAAAAAAAACGAAAAUCAAAAAAAGGCGUCGAACACACUAACUAGAUUAAAUAUGAAAUUAUUAAACUAAUUUUCCAAGCUCAGAAAAAAAAUGAAACUAAAAUCGAUAGAUCUUGAAGAUCUUUGUGCUGUGUUCAGUAUUUCCGAAAAUUUCAAAAUACCCGUCAAAAUAACACAAAAAAAGAUUAUACAAAACAAUUUAGUUUCAAACAGCUUCGCAUUUAGUGAAAGAAUUUGGAAUACAGUUUUAGUAAAUUUUUGAUAUUACAGUUUUAAAAAAAUAAAAUUUUAAGAACUAGUUCUUAAAAUUUUAACUUUAACUUUAAUUUUGCGCGUUCGGAUGUAGGAUUGCGCCAUUCUGCAACUCGAUGCGUUUUACCAAAAAAUUUUAAUCGACUUUCUCAAAAGUUCUUUUUUUUUUUAAAUAACGUAAUUGAUCGAAUUUUAACGCCGAUUUUUCCAAAAUCAAAAUCUUUCGAAAAAUAAUUUUUUUUUCUGUUUUGUAGAUCUGUUCCUGUUUUUCUUCUUUUCGUUUUUUUUUUGAAGUCAAUGUUUUAAUGCAUUAAAUAAAAGCUUUUAAAGUCCUUCAGUUACAACAACUGACAACCUUUGAAAACGCUCCUUCUCGUGAUCGUGCGGCUCGUUCGACGGCUUUUCAUGACGCCUGCCCUCCUAAAUUGGCGAAAUGGCUCACUGAAAGACUACGUAAAGUAGCGUUGCUAUUCUUUGCCGCAGGUCAUUUGGAAAAUUUUUUAACUAAAUUCAAUGUUUUCAGCUGGUUUUUUGUGUGCUUCUGGUCUGCUCAGUAUCGUCUUCCCAUCUUUUGACAAAGAAGAAAGGCAUGGCGCUCUCAUUUAA